AUGCCUCCCACGCGAGGCACCGACCCUCUGGCAGACUAUGACCUUUCGCAUCCCAUUGACACGCGCUCCGGGCUUCGCCAAGGGCUAACCUCAUACGGAGACCCACACUUUUCGCUCUUCCUACGCAAAGCCUUCAUCAAAGCAGCUGGUUAUGGCGAAGACGCACUCUCUAGACCAGUCAUCGGAAUAAUCAACACUGGCAGCGGCUACAAUCCGUGCCAUGCAAACGUUCCCCAACUCGUAGAAGCUGUGAAGCGGGGAGUCCAACAGGCUGGCGCACCGUCGAGUAUGUUCUUGCGGAACUUAAUGAGUAUGGACACCGAAGAAAUGAUCAAGGCUCAGCCUAUGGAUGCUUGCAUUAUGAUUGGCGGAUGCGAUAAGACAGUACCAGCACAGUUGAUGGGAGGUAUAUCUGCCAACAAACCCGUCCUUCCUCUCCUCACAGGCCCAAUGAUGCCUGGCUCCUACCGAGGCAAGCGACUCGGCGCAUGCACUGACUGUCGAAACAACUGGGCAGACUACCGUGCUGGAAUCAUCGAUAUCGAGGAAAUUGCGGCCAUAAACAAUGAACUCGUGCCUACGUCCGGAACUUGUGGGGUGAUGGGGACAGCGAGCACGAUGGCCGCUAUCACUGCAGCAUUGGGUCUUAUGCCACUGGAAGGUGCUUCGGCACCGGCCGUCUCCUCCGCUCGUCUCCGAAUUGCUGAAGCAACGGGAAGAAACGCGGUAUCAGCCAUUUCUGAAGGGCACAAACCCCAGCAUAUCCUAUCUCGCGAGUCGUUUCUCAACGCAAUCACUGUACUCCAAGCAAUCGGAGGUUCGACCAACGCUGUAGUACAUCUCAUGGCCAUUAUCAAUCGACAUCCUACAGUUGCGGGAACCAUCACCUUAGACACCUUCGACGAAAUUGGCAGGAACACGCCUCUGCUGGUAGAUCUCAAACCCAGCGGGGACAAUUACAUGACCGAUUUCCAUAACGCGGGCGGGAUGACUGCGUUGUUGCAUCAUUUACGACCACUGUUGCAUUUGUCUGUGUUAACCAUCACGGGACAAACCUUGGGAGAAGUCCUCGAUGCUGCUACAAACCACGACUUUCCGUUUUCUCGUGAAAUCAUCCAUCCAUUAGCCCACCCGCUCUAUCCGGCUUCCUCGAUUGUUGUAUUGAGAGGUAAUCUGGCUCCCGGCGGGGCAGUCAUAAAGGCUUCUGCUUCCCAAGACCGUCGCCUCCUCAGUCAUUCUGGUCCUGCCGUCGUUUUCGUUAACACAACAGACCUCGCUCUUCGCAUCGAUGACCCAGACCUACAAGUCACGCCAGACUCUGUGCUUGUUCUUCAGAACAUCGGGCCAAUUGGAAACCCCGGCAUGCCUGAGGCAGGAUUAAUUCCAAUCCCUAGAAAGCUCGGCGUGUUGGGGGUCACAGAUAUGCUUCGGCUGUCUGACGGCCGAAUGUCUGGUACAGCCGGGGGAACCGUGGUCUUGCACAUAUCACCCGAGUCGGCUCAAUUGGACUCUGUAUUCGGCGUUGUUCAGAAUGGGGACAUCAUCAAGUGUGACUUGGAGAGUCGCCGGUUAUCCCUAGAAGUGUCAGAAGAGGAAAUUGCCCGCAGGAUUGCGGAGAGGAAGGAGAAUCAGCCAGUAGUUGCAAAGAAGAGAGGAUAUCGAGGGCUUUACGAGCGGAGUGUGAACCAAGCGCAGCACGGUGCUGAUUUCGAUUUUCUCACGGCCGCUGGAUCCUAG